AAUUGAGUCGAAAAAUAAUAAAGCUACAGAUGGAGGAGAUAGAGGCUGAGGUUGAAAGAAAGGGAAUGGCACUGAGUGGCGCGAAAACGCCAUAUCAAUGUGCCAUGUACGGCAAGUGGAAAUGGCUAGAACAAUUCUACAAGGAUAAACCGAUGGAAGUAGUUGGCCAAUUGACAACGAACAACGACACUGCACUUCACGUCGUAGCCUCCGCCGGGCACAACAACGUGCUUCACUCUUUGAUUUCACUGAUAGAUGAGCGCAUAUUCUGGAUGUCAGGCCAUGCGUUGAAGAUGGAGAACAACCAUGGCAACACACCUCUUCAUGAGGUGGCUGUGUCUGGAAAUCUGGAGGCAGCAAAGCACUUGAUGGACGCGGCUAUCAAAUUUAAGAGUAUCGAUCCUAGCUAUGAAGAUGUUCUAGGGAUUCGGAACCGUUUAGGAGAGACCCCACUCUACAAAGCUGCUGCUUUAGGUAGCACAAAGUUGGUUAAAUAUUUGGCUGGCCAAGUGCAGCAGGAUGUAGAGUCGCACUUCAAAAGAGAGAAAGAUGAAAUAUCCAUUCUUCAUAUCGCAAUCAUUGGCCAACAUUUUGAGACUGCUUUUUGGUUACUAAAAAAGUACCCAGAUCUUGCGAAGAAAAAGGAAAACAACGGACUCACAAGUCUUCAAUUGCUAGCCCAUAUGCCAUCUGCCUUCGAAGCCAAGUUUCACAAAAGCAUAUGGAAGAUGUUCAUUUAUGAAUCUUUCCAGAGCAAGUAAUUUGUUUUCAAUGGAAAUACGACUUUUUGGUGGAGUUUUAGUACAAGACCAAUUGGAGAUGAAAGCUGAG